CCUCCACCUCCUCUCUCGUCCAACAGUCCCACCCGUCCGCCCUCCCGUUCACGUCGUCAGUCACCAAGCCGCGUUCGCUUGGCUUCGCGGGAGUCGAGCGAGGCCUUUAAUGUCCUCCCCGCCCCGCCACCACCUCCGGGCCUUGAGGAAACCCGCGAGAUUGCGGCUUUUUGAAAUCGUAGCGCGGAUGGUCGUCGCGAGCGUUCCGGCUGCGCGUCGAUUGGUUCGUUUCGCCCCACGGAGCGGUUGAGGGAAGCGGCUCGGCCAAUCGGCGGACGGAGCCCGCGUAUUUUCUUCACGGGGUCUGUCGGGAGGGUCGCAACUGCCCCUACUCACACGAUCUGAGCACUAGCAAGCCUGCCAUGUCCUGCAAGUUCUACCAACGUGGGCGCUGCGUCUAUGGAGACGGCUGCAGAUACGACCAUGUCAAGCCGCCCGCCCCAUCAAAGCAGCAACAUGCAGCGCCGCCAUCAGCAGCCAAAGCUCCCCCACGCCCCGUACCGCUCACAUCCGAUUGUGGGGCCGCUCCGUCCAAGCUGACACCGCUGGGCCGUGCCAAGCAGGGCUCCGAGACAGGGGGAGCCACGGCAGCGGGGAAACACGGGCUCAACCAUCCACUCGGCAAGGCCGGGGGUGCGGCCGACUGGGUCAACGCAGCCGAGUUUGUGCCCGGGCAACCCUACAAUGGGCGAGAGGUCCCGUCGUCGUACCUGGCGGCGGCGCAAGAGGGGCUACCACCACAGGAGGAACCAGUCCCACCGCCGGCGCCGGCGGGCGCCUCCCAGCAGCUGUGCCCGUACGCAGCGGUGGGCGAGUGUCGCUACGGCGAUCACUGCGUGUACCUGCACGGCGACGUGUGCGACAUGUGCGGCCUCCAGGUGCUGCACCCGUCCGACUCGGAGCAGCGCACGCAGCACCACCGGGCGUGCGUGUCGGCCCACGAGAAGGACAUGGAGGCGGCGUUUGCGGUGCAGCGCAGCAGCGGGGUGGUGUGCGGCAUCUGCAUGGAGGUGGUGUUUGAGAAGGCCCGCGCAUCGGAGCGCCGGUUUGGCAUACUGUCGAGCUGUUCGCACGCGUACUGCCUCUCCUGCAUCCGCAAGUGGCGUCGCACCAAGCAGCUGGAGAACAAGGUCAUCAAGUCGUGCCCCGAGUGCCGGGUGACGUCAGACUUUGUGAUCCCGAGCGAGUACUGGAUCGACUGCAAGGAGGAGAAGGACAAACUCAUCCAGAGCUACAAAGACGCCAUGGGGAAGAAGGCGUGCCGUUACUUUGACCAGGGCCGGGGCUCGUGUCCGUUUGGAGUGAAGUGCUUCUACCUGCACGCGUACCCGGACGGGCGCAAGGAGGACAAGGCACGGGCGCGCAAGCAGCACGGGCAGGAGGGACACGUGCGGUUCCAAAGCUCGAUUCGGCUGUGGGAUUUCAUCGAGGAGCGGGAGAGCCGGGCGGCACUGCUCGACUCGGACGAUGACCUCAUCUUCUCGGACCUCAGCGACCUCCUCUUCAUGCUGCUCGCGGGAGAUGCCGACUUCGCCACCGACUCCGACGACGACUCGGACCUCUUCGACGACUCGGACCCCCUCGACGACGACGACGAGUUUUUCCUGUGACGGUUUCCCCCGGCUCUCGCCCGCUUGCCUUCCCCUCCCCGUGACGCGCGAACAGCUCUCGCUCCUCGUCCUCCUUCCGUUCCGCCAGCGACUUCGCGCACCGCGCCGCCCAUUUGUCUGCACCGCCUUAUUGUGCCGCCCUUCUCCUGGGGGGGGGGGUCUCCGUUUGCCUCCGCCGACCGUUACUCCCGCCGUAAUUUUUUUCCCAGCUAAUUUAACCUUCGCACAGUUCAUCAGGUUUGAAUUUUUGUUCCCCCCCCCCCGCACCAAUCGUGACGGUGACGUCAUGGGUGGCGAUUUGAUUUAUUUGCCGGGAGUCGUGCGAAGGUUCCGCGGGCCUUGGUGCAGCACGGUCAACCCGUGCUGCUCCGCUUUCGGUCUACGGUAUUAGCCGCGAGCCAGUUUAAAUGAUCCAAGGGUUACACUGGACAUUGGCAUUCAUUGGCUGCCAUCCAAGGUUCUGCCCUGGCCAAUCCUGGGCCGCGAUACUCGGCACUGGCCUACAUACAUUGUGCUGCACGAUUGGCUGUGCUCGGGCAUGACCAUGCGCCAAUUUGUUCUGCUGUCUAUUGCGGCUGUUGCCGGAGGCGGCUGCUGUUUUGGAGACCCUCGGGAGAGGACGAUGGUGGUGGUGACGGAGUGAGUGGGGGAAUGGGAGGGAUCAUUCUGUAAAGGUGUUGAUUUCACAAAGGGCUAUCUCAGUGGAGUGGGGGUGGCGGGGGUUUUGGAUGCUUAUGGUUGCGCUGACAUCAAAUCUGACAGUGCACGUGGGAGAUGGGAGGGUGACGAUCACGGCUCAGAGGGAGCGAGGUGGUCAGAUGCAAUGAACGAGUCGAGGCGCCUUUCGACGAGGCGGUAGUGAUGCUGCGUUCUCACGGUGUACUGAUUUGACGUCACGCUUGAUGCAGACAAACUCCUGAAUAGUAGUUUGGGCCUCCACUGGAUCCACUCAGCCCAAAACUGAACGCCCGGUGUUUGAACACCGCGUCAAGUCAGCGCCACUACCUUCUCAUCUGCCGGGCCAGCAAUUUAAACACUCGCACCCCAUUGCCUCCGCGCCAGCUUAGUGGUGUAAUGCACAGACGACGUGUGUAGGUGUUUGCAACUUGGCCUGAAAACUCGGACUUGGAAAAAUUCUCCCCCGCCACCGCCUCGGCCCUAAAGCCGGUUCCGCACCUGAGAAAUCGGUUGCGCAACUUGUUAGCAUGCAACUGAAUCGCUUUACGUGUGCGCAACUAGUUGCUUAGAGACGGACGACUUUUGAGAAGCGAUCUCUAGCAACAUUUCAAAACGUGCACGUUUGUGAACUGUGAGUAGUCGUUACGAUCUGGAAUGCGCACUGUCUAAUUUCCCUGUUGCACAAUUGCUCGUUCAGUUCUCGUCAAAGCAGUUGCAGGCGAUUUUUGUGCAAGUUUCAAGAGCGGUGUGGAUCUGGCUGAAGACUCGAGCACAUAAAGACCUCCCCUAACUUGCGUAACUAGCGGUGUUGACAGUCCGGCAUACCCGUAUUCGUUACACAUUACGUUUCUCAGAAGAUCGAAACAAAUAUACGUGCUCUUUGACAGCGCGACUGCGGUCCUGCGUCACAACGGGCGGCUAUGUGGAUAAAAAAAGCUACAUUGGGCUUACGUUGAGUGAUGGGUGCACAGGCUCGGGGAAACGUGCGGCAAGCCUUGGAAGUUUUAGAACUCGUCGGCAUGAAUCGUUGUCGGCUUUCCCGGCUCCUUGCAAUUAACAAGACCCAUAGACCCAUCGCUUCCAGCCAUGCUCUCGAAAGCGAUGGCUGCAACUUUAUCUCCAGAAAAUGUUUAUUAUACUCAACCUGCACCAGUAGAUACAUUGCAACCUUGUUGUUCAAUCGACAUUUCUGGCUGCCCUCUAGCUGCUGCUAAUGUUUCUUUAAGGCAAAGCAGAGAUUCUAGUUUUAAACCAAACGCUGUUUGAGAACAUUUUCUCAAGGGCGCUCAUUCGUUGAAGCCGCUUAGCCUGUCCCGUUGUGCGACUCGUUAGAGGGAAGCCUGCUCCUUUAUUUUCCCUGACUCCCGAGUGGAAUAACUGCUACACUCACUCGCGCACGCACGCCAGUUGUGUAAAGUGGCAGAGUACAGCCUGCAUGUUAGGGUGGGGACGGUGGCGGUGCUGGGAAGGCGGCGCCGGCGGCGUUGUGCCUCCCCUGCUCUUCUGCCGUCGCCACCUCCUCCCCUCGCGCCUUGCCGUAUCGUACCUCACCCGGGCAGCGCGCGGUGUGGGCGGCACUGUCAUCGCGGCGUAGCCAUUGCGGCAAUGCCAUCGCGUCGUCCGCGGAGCGAGCCUGCUGCGGCGGAGAGAAACGCUCGGGCUUGCCCCCGGUACUGGGAGCUUCUCAAUGGCGAGAGGCUGGGGCGGGCGCCGCGCCACCGCCGGGCAGGAUGCGAGAACCCGAACGGACCCAUUAGGUGCGACAUAAUGAGAGCAGGCAGUUUGUGAGGUGCACCGUAGUACAAAUAGGACGUGUGGCAGGUGGUUCAAAUAGUCCGUAAGGUGAUAUGUUAAGACAGGUUGAUGUGAAAAUGCCAUUGUGCACGUUGUUUUGAAAAGCCAUGCACAGGCAGGCAGACAGGCAAUCCGUAAGAUUGAUCGUACCACAAGAGAUUGGUUGUAACUUGGAUUGUAUCUCAAGACAGCGUUGUUGUGUGGGCAGUGAAAAAGUGGCAUCACCACUUGGGAGACCUCAAUGUCCUCCUUCAUCCCCUACCACAUUGUUAUCACAAAUGAGGCAUAUGUUACCAUUUGAGCCUGAAGCCAAUUCAAAGCUUUUCUUGAUUUUUGCCAAUUGAAACAUGAAUGACCUUUGUUAAUGUUCGGUUUAAGAUUGAGGUAAACCUAAGCUGGUUUAAAUAACCCAGUUUAACAAAGUAGUUGAGCUUUAGCAUCAACCACGAGGUGGGAUAAAUAAGAAAGCUGCCUUUAGCUGCUGUGAAAGUCAUCAAGGAAAUGUUGCUAUCAAAUUUGAUAACACUACAUCCACUUUUAAGAUACUGUUCUCAAAUAAGAAAAUGCCAUCUGCUGAGUGACCAGUCCAGACUGACUAUGCCCUGUAGACUCGGGAAGAGUGAUUGCACAUUUGGAGUUCCCCUGAGUUAUUUUAUGGAGGGGUGUGCGUGGGUUGGUUUUUGGAGAUUUUGUGUUCCACUCUCUUUUGGGUCCCUUCCACAACACCAGCCGUGGUUUGGACUAACGCACAGAAUUUGCCCGCAUGGCCUCUAUUCUACCUCAUUAAACUCGUAACUCUCACUGCGUUUUGUCCCAGUUAUUCCCCAAGUGGACUUGAGUUUUCCCACUUUGGUGCCGUUGCUUAGACUCUUAUGGGGCACGCACAACGGGACCCGUACAAUGUGCCAGUCGGGAGAGCUGUGUUCCAGCGCGAAGUGAACUCGAGCGGCCGUUGAUUUUUAUCCGUUGAUUAAAACAAAACGAAAAUAAACUGGUAAACAUAUUUGCAUAUUUUGCGACGCGGUGGUGGUCAAAAUGAGGAGGGGCUUGGCUACAACCACUAAAUCGUAUCGAGAAGAACGACAAGCGAAUCCUAGCGUGCGCCUGACCUUGGCGUGCGUUCGCGAGCUGCGUGCUCGCACUCGCCUGAAGCUUCCAGUACCGGGGCAAAACAUGCCGCGGCGUCUUUUGGCACGCAAAUGGUGGACGCCGCUGGACGAUCGAACGCCGGUUUUUCACGAGCCGCGGUGGAGGUUUUGUGGGGGGUUGAGAGGGGCGAGUUGACGACCCGAGGCGCUCGCCCAUUGCUCGUACGGGUUUUCCUCUCCAUUCCAUGUACAAUCUUGUAGAUAACACAAUAAAUAUGAACUUUGGUUGCCUCUCCA